AUGCUGUAUCUUAACCUCGACUCCACCCUCUCCGAGCUCUUCAGCGCUUCAACACCAGCCGCGCGGGCCGACUGGGAGCGCAUCGUGGGCGGCUCCAAGGCUGCCAACGGCUCUGUGCCGUACCAGGUGAGCCUGCGCUACUGGGGCGUGUGGCACUUCUGCGGAGGAUCUAUUGUGACACCGAGAGUGCUGUUGACGGCUGCGCAUUGUGUAGAACGGGCGCGCCCAGAAUUCAUCCAAGCUGUGGUCGGAACCAACCAACUCCGCUCCGGAGGUAAAGCCUACAAGAUCCGCAAGAUCGUCUACCAUGAAGCCUAUGACAAUGACCUGAUAGUGAAUGACAUUGCCAUCUUGUUUACUGAAGACGAGAUCGAGUUUAGUAGCACGGUCGAUGCUGUCGAACUGAAUGAUGAACCAGUUGAGAAGGGAGAGGAUUUGUACUUGACUGGUUGGGGAACUACUUCGUACCCAGGACGGCUUCCCAACGACCUCAUGCAGUUGGACCUGAAAGCCAUCACGUACGAAGAGUGCAAGGAAGCCCACAAGAAUAUCAACGCGGUGUUCGAGACUCAGAUCUGUGCGCUCACUAAGGAAGGCGAGGGGGCUUGUCAUGGUGACUCCGGCGGCCCGCUGGUACGAGAGCUGAGGCAGGUCGGCGUCGUGUCCUGGGGGAUCCCCUGCGCGAGGGGCAAGCCUGAUGUCUACACCAAGGUGGAAGCCUACAUGGGAUGGAUCGAGAAGACACUGUACGAUGAUGAUGAAGACCACUUGAGGGACUUGUACCACAUCAAGCGAAGAAACGACAAGACAUACUUUACUAACAGACACAGGACUUUGCAGCACUAAACUUGUUAUCCAAUUAAUGAAUUUAGAUUUGAUCCUGACUGACUACUUGGGCUCAUUUUGAGGGUAACUGCUUCUGUAAAUCUGUAAUACUUUGAUUGUGUUUUGUUUUCUUAUUAAGUUUUGUUUUAUAUUAGGUGUAGCUAGUAAAUUUUCAAUUCAACACAAGCUCUUUUAUUUCACAAUGGU